ACGACGAUACGUGGCGCUUAUGGAACUAUUUGCAUGUAGAAAUGUGUAUUUUUUUCGUUUAUUUAAAGAUACAUGUUUUAUCAUUAUAUCAAGGAAACGUAAAAUAAUACAAAAGAAAACAUUAUUUUUUAUAGACAGUUUUAUUAUAUAUAAAAAUUUAGUGUAUAAUUGAAUACUAAAGAAUACGAACUAUAACCUAUAAAAAUCAUACGUGAAUUUCGAUCAGAAGUAAAAUAUUUCGUGUAAUGUUUUAAUUAUAAAUUUUAUUAUAAAAAAUGAGUGAUAAAGAAUCAGAAGAGAUUCCGAAAGUGACUGGACCUGUGGAUAAUGCCUGGUCAUUGAAAAUUCCAGCAUUCAAACCUGAAGAUAAUCCACAUCGUCUUUUGGAGGAAAGUUCUUUUGCUACUUUAUUUCCAAAGUACAGAGAACAAUAUUUAAAAGAACAUUGGCCUCUGGUACAAAAAGCAUUAGACGAAUAUGCGGUCAAAGCAGAAUUAGAUCUCGUGGAAGGUAGUAUGACAGUUAAAACUACAAGAAAGACUUGGGAUCCUUAUAUUAUUGUGAAAGCAAGAGAUAUGAUAAAACUCAUGUCUAGAUCGGUUCCUUUUGAACAAGCAGUGAGAGUAUUGGAAGACAACAUUGGUUCUGAUAUUAUAAAAAUUUCUUCCUUUGUAAGAAAUAAAGAAAAAUUUGUUAAGAGACGACAAAGGUUAAUUGGACCAAACGGAUGUACAUUGAAAUCUAUAGAAUUAUUAACAAAUUGUUAUGUGUUAGUUCAAGGACAGACAGUCUCUGCAUUAGGACCUUAUAAAGGUUUACAACAGGUGAGACGUAUUGCUGAAGAUACUAUGAAAAAUAUUCAUCCUAUUUAUAAUAUAAAAGCAUUAAUGAUAAAAAGAGAAUUAGCAAAAGACCCCAAAUUGAAGAAUGAAAACUGGGAAAGAUUUUUACCUAAGUUUAAUAGUAAAAAUGUUAGUAAGAGAAAACAACCAAGAAAGAAGAGGGAGAAGAAACCGUAUACUCCAUUCCCACCGCCGCAGCAAGAAAGCAAACUUGAUAAACAGCUUAUGUCUGGAGAAUAUUUCUUAAAAGAAGAACAAAAAAGAGCAAAGAAGAAGAAAGAACAAGAGAUUAGACAUGAAGAGGCUAAAAAGAGAAGGAUAGAACGCAGAGAGCAAGCAUUUAUUCCACCAGAGGAAAAACCAAUAGAGAAUAAUCCAAAAGAUACAGAAAUAAAUAUCGAUGAAUUAAAGAAAAAAAUUAAGAAAGGAAUGAAGAAGCAAAAUGCAAAAAUAUAGACAAGGAGAAAUUUUAGAAAUUAUAAUAGAGACUUUCAUAAGUGUGUAAACUAUCCAUGUAAGAUCUUUAACUAAAUCAAUUUUAUAAUAAAUAAAUAUGUUUCUGUGGAA